AUGCUUGCUACACUGACCGCUGCAAAGUACCUCACUCUUUCAUUCGCGGUUUUCUACACUUUUGCUGUCCUUUUCGGUGCGCCGUUCUUUUCAGAUAUCAUUGCGACUACUGUACUUGCUGCUACUCUCACUCUCGUUACGGCAUUACCAGCAGUUCUCAUCUUCGAUUCAGAGGAAAGAUUUCUCGAAGUUUUGCUUCUUGCGUUUUCUGCUGAUUAUACCAAAACUACAAAAGAGUCCAUUUAUAUUCUCACCUCCAUUUUUGCCAUUUUCGGCGCUUGGGCAGCUGCUGCUGUCCAUCCUUUGGACUGGGAUCGCUGGUGGCAGCGUUAUCCAUUGCCAUCUCUUGCCGGGACCAUCGUUGGUGACUCGAUUGGUGGUCGUUUCGGACAUUAUACAUUUGAUGAUGCUCCCAAAUUGCUCGGAAUUCUUCUCGCCGAGUUUGACAAUCGAGAAGGUCCUAUUAUCAGACACUCUGUUCCAAAAGGAAACGAUAAAGUUGAAGCAACAUUUGCCUUUACCAAAAGUCUCAUCAUCCCUAAACCUUCCAUGUUCCGUCAUUCCUUCUCCCUUACUGUCAAUUCUCUUGGAUGUAAAGUUCUCAUGUUUCCUGUUGGAAUAGAUCACAAGAGUUACGAACGUGGUCGCUUCACUUUUGACAUGUCUUUCAUCGUUGACAUGACGUCUUCUGCAGAAACAAUGUAUGAACCGAUUGUUCAAAAGUGUGCGGAAUAUCUCAUUGAGUUGGAGAUGGAGUACAACUUUUUAACGAAUCCCAAGUAUAAAACACAUGUGUUAGAAGUUAUGGAAAAAAUGUUUGUGGAUCUUUCUACCAGAGGUAAUAACAUCUUUUCGUUUUUAAAAAUUAAGGAAUCCGAUAAAACCUUUUCAGGAGAAAGUGUGAUUGAAGUUACACUCGAAGAUGAUAAAAUAGUUUCACUGUACUUCAAACUAUGCCCAUUGUAUCGUGGAUGUGAACCUCCAGAGAUCGAUUACCACAUGGUGCCAAUGUUCAUAAGAGAAGUAGAACUCACCGAUCGACUUGUUGAAAAAAUGGACGUUCUCUCUCAAAAAAUCAUUCCUCAAAUCGACGGAAUCAACACAGUCCGAGAAAUCGCCAUUAACUUGGAAUUGGACCCUUCGCUUGUCGCCAGAUGUGUUCGGAAUCUUCAUUUCUACGAAUGUGUCAGUCUGGUUCCAAUGUUUCUCUACUACAAUACAUAUGUGGCUACUGAACGAGUCCACGACUUUUACAAGAAUCGAAAUGAGAUCAACGAAUGUCUUGAAUUCGUUAAAAUUCAGAAUGCAAUUGCUGAGGAUGGAUCGGAGAUUCCUAUGCCGACACCAGAGUUUUCUGAUGUAUUCCGACUGUAUUUGAGCAUGAAAGUUGCUCAAAAUGAGACUGCUGAUGGUGUUCCAGAAGACUAUCUUUCUUCCAUUCAAUGUGGAAAAAAUAUCGGAGAUUGGACAGAAGAGGAGAAUCCAAGAGCCAAAGGAAUUGAUGAACAUCGGCUUGUUCAAUUUGGCAUGCACCAUCAAUUCCUCCGAAAACUUUCUGUGUAUCCGAUCUUUUGGGGACCGUUGAAAAAUGGAGAGGGACUGGGAAGGAUGAUGAGAGAUUUCAAAAAAAGAAAAGAACGCGGUAACAAUGAUAAAAAGGAUGAGGGUGGGGGGGACGCGGGCAAUGGGCGCGUUCCAUCCACCGUUUGGAGCGUCUGGAACGGGAGGAACAUCACCUCCGAAUUGGUUGGGGGCACCUUCAACAUUUCCGGCUUCAUCGUCAGAACUGAAAAAAAACACACAUGUGAAAUUUGUUCAGAUGUUCCAGAUGCGAUGUUUGUAAGCGCCCAAGCAGCUUCGAAUUGCAAGUUAGGACUGAAAAAUAUGAAUAGAAUCAUCCCAAGCAAAGAUAUACUUACUCUGUGCUCGACAGACACUGAACGAGGACUGGCAAAAUCCCACUUCCUAUCAAAUCAUCAAUUGGUGGAUUUCUGUCAGUCGAAAGCAUUUUGCGAGCUUGUUGCACAGCGGUCAAUUGCUCAGCAGGAUCCGUUGAUUGAGCGGCAGCAACAGUCAGCCGAAGCAAGUUGGCAUCAAAAGACUAUUAUUAUAGUUUAUAGUCAAAAAUAUACAUUUUUAUCAGUUAAUCGAAAAAUUAGCAAGUUUUCGUUGAAAAAUGCACAAAAAAUAGAAAAAUUUGUCGAUAAUGGCACAAAAAUACGAAGCGAGGCGUCGCGGUUGAACCGCGCCGCCUGCAAGAGGGCAGAUUGA